GUGUUUCUCUUAAACAUUUGAAAAUACAGUAGCCCUGCAGUAAGAAAUACAAAAUCUAAACACACAAUUUCGAAAUGGAGGAGUUAAUGAGGCAAAAGCUGCCCAAUGGCCAAAAAUACGAGAAGCAGGAACUCACCUGCAGCGUUUUAUUUACCAACCCCAAGUUUAAUGCUGAGAAGUCAUCCGCAAGUGAUGAAAUCAACUCGAUUGCGCGGCUGGUAUCAAAGACGGAGGAUCUCGAAGUGGACCGAGUGUUCAGGAAGGUUUCUAAGAAUGGUGACGAGGAGACCACCUCCCUGAAUCGCUCCCUCUUCGAGUUCGGCCAUAAUUUCGAGGAUGUUGAAGGCUGGCUGCAACUGGAGCAGCCUUCCAAGGAUCAGCUGGCCUCGGUGCUGCGCUACAUGUUCGAGUCGCAUCUGAAGACCACUGUGCAGAUAGAAAUUAACAAGAUGUACUUCAACUGCCACUUCAUCGUGCUGCAGGUGUACUCGCGCUUCUUCAGCGAUCUGGAGAAGAUUCCGCUGCUGGUCACCCUGCCCGAGAGUAUCGUCUCCCAGAAGGCCUUUAUGCUCACCUACAAGUGGAUGCUCAGCGAUGAUCCUGUCCUGGAACUGCCCCAUAUUGUGGAGGUGUUUGUGGCCGCCACUUAUUUGAGGAUCAAUGAGCUGCAGGCGCAUUGCUGGAAAUACUUCGAUGAUGAGGAGUGCUAUAACGAGGAUACGGCUUGUGUCCUAUACGUGGAGACGAAGGACAAUCCCGCCAUGGAUGUGGUCUGCAAUGUGAUGCUAACUAGGAUCCGCAAGUUUCUGCUCACCUUUGUGGCCACCAAGGAUUUCCUGGACCUGCCCUUCUCCCAUCUGAUCUUCCUGCUCGAUUCCGAUCAAAUCUGUGUGAACACCGAGAUCGAGAUUCUUUUUAUAGCUGUUCGAUGGCUGGGUCACAAGUGGAACCAAAGGAAAGGGCGUCUGCUGCGUCUAGUGUCCUGUAUUCGAUUCAAUCUGAUGCCAUUGUGGUAUCUGCUGUAUGUGCGACGGGAAGAGAAUCAUCCGUUGGUAAUGGAGCUGGUUUCUCACCCGGAGGUGGAGCACCAGAUCAACGAAUCCAUUUCGAAAAUAACGUCGCUAAUGUACGAGGAGAAAAUAACUGCUUUGGAGGGCAAUGGCGCACUGAGUGAGGAGUAUGCAAAUGAUUUGAGGCUUCCGAGACAUCGAAAGUGGAUUUGCGAUAGCUUGUGCACUUAUUAUCACGAUGUGGGUUGCCCCAAUACCCGUGAAAUUCGCUUUAAACACUUCGAGGACUAUCUUUCGGAACUACAACAGAGCUCCAAAGAUCACUGGUCCAAGGUGGAAGAGCAGGACCCGAGUAAGACGACUCACUGUUGCAGUUUAAAGAGGACAAAAUCAAGCGAAUCGGUUGCCGAAUAAGAAUUCAAUUUAAAAAGUAACG